AUGGGCGCGGCCCUUUCAACCUUCAAGGCCAUUGUGCCUGAGCUGACAGAGUUCUACCCUGUUUCUCCAGUGGGUUAUAAUUUCGCCCUCACGACCUUUCAAUAUUUCCCUGUGGUCUGCGUCAUACCAUGGCUGAUUUCAUGGCACCCAGCAGGCAAAACCUCCAUGCAAAACUCCAUUUUCAACAUGCCCGGUCGCAUCGGAUGGUUCCUGAUGGAGAUUGCUGGUCCCCUGAACAUGAUCUACAACCUCAGCGUCUCUACAUCGCCAUCAUUCUCUGAGCUUCCUGCAGCUAACCAGCUUGCUGCAGCACUAUACUGCAUUCAUUAUGCCAACCGUGCUGUCAUUUCACCUUUCUUCUCGGCACCGAGCAUGUCGCCCAUGCAUUUGUUUGUCGUGUCCAGUGCAGUCCUAUUCAACUGGUUCAACUCGUCUUGUCUCGUCGGCUGGAUUCUUGGCCAUGAUAUCUCAAUUAUAGGAUUCGCAACCAAUGGUGCGGAAACACUUCAAUCCUCUUCUUCGCCCUCGUGGGUGGCGGCAUUGCCCUUCCUCGGAACGGCGCUAUUUGCUGUAGGAAUGGUGGGCAAUAUCUACUCCGAGACAUCUCUUUUCCGUAUGAGAAGAUAUGAGGUUGAACAACGCUCCACGAAGAGGUCCGACUCCGCCACACCUGCCUCUACCAAUGGCGGUAACAAAUACAGCAAAGUCUACGUUAUUCCUCCCACGCAGGGUAUCUUCCGCUCCAUUCUGUACCCGCACUACGCCUUCGAGUGGCUCGAGUGGACAGGCUUCGCCAUUGCCGGCCUUGCAGUCUAUCCUCUUUCUGCGUUCAGCAAGCAUAGCAGCGCUGCUGCCACCGCUGUUUCUCCCCCAAUUAUGUUGGCUCCUUGGUUGAUCCCGUUUGCCUCUGUGACGGAUCGAUUUGGACUGCCGCUGCCCUUGCCGGCAAUUGUGUUUUUAAUCAAUGCAGUUGCUAAUAUGCUUCCUCAUGCGCGGUGGGGACGAAAGUGGUAUGUUGACAAGUUCGGCGAAAAAAAGGUUGCUGGAAGAGGAGCUGUUGUGCCCUGGUGCCCUUGGAUGUGA